UCCAGUCCCUCCUGCUCAGACUAUGAAAACUUCCCGAUGGUUCCCACUCUGGAGACCUCCUACCUCGUGCGGGCUGCAAAGAACGAGUUCCUCAACUUGGUGCCUGAUAUUGAAGAAAUGCGACCAGGAUCUGUUGUGUCCAAGAAGGGUUUUCUAAGCUUCAUGGAGCCUCGCUCUAACUCAUGGGUGAAGCAUUUUGUGGUUGUUCGCCGGCACUACGUCUUCAUCUACAACAGCGACAAGGACCCCCAUGGAGCGAGGCGUCCUCAAUCUCUCCACAGCACAGGUGGAAUACAGCGAAGACCAGCAGGCCAUGCUUAAGGUACAGUUUGAGGCAGGAUAGAGAAAGGCUGGAUGUA